UAUGGCUGCUGGGAGAAACACCCAUUUCUUGUUCGCGUUUAUCCUGACAGUAGCAGACUGUGGUGCAGUUAUAGUUGACUUAUCGAUAACAGGACUCCACGGGACAGAUUAUAACACAUGGGCUCCACUUAACCAAGACGUAGUCUUUCGAUGUGCAUUCACCACGCCAUAUAAUGUUACGCUUGAGCUUUACAAAGGGACUCCUAUUUUCAACAACCUAGUUUACAAAUAUCAUUUUCGAUUUAGAGAACCCCUGAUACCCAACAGUCCCUUCCAUGGACGUUCUCAGUCUAACAUAACUUUGAUACACAGUGGUAAAAUGUGGAUAACCCUGCAGAAUGUAACAAAAGAAGACACUGGGAAUUAUUCCUGCUACGUGAGAGAUACACACAAUAACGAAAAUUUUUCACAAGUAGUUUUGACAGUCGCAGCCCCACUUGACGUUAAUGGAAUUUCAAUCACUGAGAUCGACGACAUGGACCUGGACACCAGAACCAUGAGGGCCGUUCUAGGCCUUGCCUACCCUGUGCCUGAUGUCCACUGGUACUGUGGAAAGAAACAGUUUGUCAGUAAUGACAGCUCGGUUUGUGAUGAGACGUGCGCGACAACGAGCGUUGUCAUCAUACCUGCACCCAAUAGAACGACCACGUGUAGGAUGCGGGUUCAGCACGUUACUCUCGCGGCGGUAUUUGAGAAGGAUUUUACUCUGCGUGGUGUAGUUCCAACCACCAUCCAACCUGACGAAACAACUGUAACUGUGUCUAGAAGUACUGAAGUAGAUACAAGGGAAACGUUGAACACCACGCCGAGUUCAUCUGUGGAGCCGUUGCAAUCUUCUGAACAACCAUCGCAAUCUGCAACACACCCGACUACGGCACAACUACCACAUUCGUCGAGUCCAGCCAGUAUAUUGGAUACGUUAAAGGACCCAGUAGUGAUCGUUGGAAUAUCAUUCGGUGCCAUUAUCAUUAUAAUAAUCAUAAUCGCAGUAAGCUGCAGAUUCUGCGGCCGGAAGAAAUCAGCAGCAGUCGCAGAAAUAGGUCUUGACGUCCUGCACUCUCUCCGGAAAGGGGACGAAGUAGCAGUUAAGGAUAUUAGUAACGAUGCUGAAAUAUCUAUGGACUUGGCUGUUUUCGAAAGGGCAGUAAAACCGUCUUACUGUGAAGUAAAAUUACCGAGGAAAGGAGACCGUUUAUUCAAAGUUAGCGUCAACAAACUGGUGGCUUUGAAUUCAACUUCACCCAGCGAACUGAAGAUUGGUAUGAGUGUUGUAGCCCUUCAUCCACUGGCGUGGCGUUUUUUCGAAGGAAAUAUUCAGGGAAAGGUCGGAGAGGACAAGUACAGCAUUCGGUUUAAGGGAGAAGAAGUUGAAGACCACAUGGUGGACUUGAAAUACAUUCUGGAUGUGGGAUGUAUCAACUGACGAGUUAAUGCAUGUUGUCGAUAACAGUAUUCUUCAUUGGAUUUGGGAGUCCCAUUUUAGUUUUUGCAAACGCCUCUAUAUCCACAAACAGUUAUUAUAUCAUUAAUACAACUUUGUGU